GUACUCAGUGGAAUAAAACUUCUCAUCUGACUUGCAAGGUUGUGCUGACUUAUGACUAAAAACAGGCUGUGGUGUCCAACUUUUCCAGAUGCUGCUUACUGCAGGCCUCUUAGUUUAUUGAUCACCUGUGAUGGGAGUGGGAGGAGAAGGAUUGCAAGGUGCUAGAUGGAUGUUACAGCUACGGCCAAAGGGAAGAGCUUUUGUGAUUCUCAAAGGUGCAGGGUUGGCUUGUCAUGUGGGGAGGAAAAUCUCAAGUUUCAAGAGGCCCCUUUCCACAGGUGAGCGCAUUCCCCGGAUAUGUAUCGUGGGCAGCGGACCUGCUGGGUUUUACACUGCCCAGCACCUGCUGAAGCACCACAAGCUAGCCCGAGUGGACAUUUAUGAGAAGCUGCCUGUUCCCUUUGGCCUCGUUCGUUUUGGUGUGGCACCAGACCACCCUGAAGUCAAGAAUGUGAUCAACACCUUUACCCAGACAGCACAGUCUGAUCGCUGCUCCUAUUAUGGGAAUGUCACCGUUGGGAAGGAUGUCACUGUAGAGGAGCUGCAACAGGCUUAUCAUGCGGUAGUCUUGAGCUAUGGGGCAGAAGAUAACCGGAUCCUUGGCAUCCCAGGAGAAAAUCUGUCUGGGGUUUAUUCGGCCAGAGCAUUUGUGGGCUGGUACAAUGGGCUGCCUGAAAACAGAGACUUGAAGCCUGACCUGAGCAGCAAGACGGUGCUGGUCCUGGGGCAGGGAAAUGUGGCACUGGAUGUAGCUCGGAUUCUACUGACUCCACUCGAUUUACUCCGGAAGACUGACAUCACUGAAGGCUCCUUGGCAGCCAUAGUCUCCAGCAAGGUGAAACGCGUGUGGCUUGUCGGGAGGAGGGGCCCUCUCCAGGCGGCAUUUACCAUCAAGGAGUUGCGGGAGAUGGUCAACCUGCCGGGCGCCAGACCCAUCCUGGACCCUGCUGAUUUUGCAGGCCUUAGAGAUGCUAUUAAAGAUGUCCCCAGACCGAGGAAGCGGCUGACUGAGCUGAUGAUCAAAACAGCCCUGGAGAAACCUGGUGAGAAGGAGGCCAAGAUUUGGGCAUCAGCCACCAGGGAGUGGGGAUUGAAGUUCCUGCGCAGUCCUCUGGAGAUUCUGCCCACUGCCGAUGGGAAGCGUGCAAGAGGGAUCCGUAUGGCUGUCACCAGGUUGGAAGGUUCAGGUGAGUUGGCCACAGCUGUCCCCACUGGAGAAGUUGAGGAGCUUGAGUGUGGAUUGAUCCUCAGUAGCAUUGGCUACAGGAGCCUUCCUCUUGGACCUUCUGUUCCAUUUGACCCCAAGCAUGGGAUCAUCCCCAACCACCUGGGCAGGGUUCAGGGGGUCCCAGGGCUGUACUGCAGCGGCUGGGUGAAAAGGGGACCUACUGGGGUGAUCAUCACCACCAUGAAUGAUAGCUUUGACACAGCCCAGUCUGUGCUAGAGGACCUCCAGGCCGGGAUGCUGAACGUUUCAAACACUAAGGAAGGCUUUGAGUCUGUGAGGAGCAUCCUACACAGUCGAGGGGUCCAUCCGGUGUCCUUCUCAGACUGGGAGAAGAUAGAUGCUGCUGAAAUGGCAAGGGGCCAACUGGCUGGCAAGCCUCGGGAGAAGAUUGUGGAUCCUCAGGAGAUGCUCCAGUUGAUUGGUCACUGAAGAGGCCCUUGAUCAGCACUUCGACAGUGAGAACUCGGCACACCAGCCAGCAUCUGCUGGGGAAGUCCUGUUCACUGCUGGUUGUAUGUGCAGCGGAGGAUUGGUACAGUCAGAACCAGCUGCUCUUCUCGCACACCCAGGAGAAGGCACCUGGCUGCAGGGUUUUUGGGGCUCUCCCUGGCUGAGCUGGAACUGACUGUGGGUUCUCAGUGUGGGUGUGAGCCCCCCAAGAGUCAUGUACCACUAAA